UACAAAGGAUAUUUUGAAGAUGAUUCUAUAAAUACAAUUCCCUUUGCACUUGCAUCUCGGCCAACCAUAGACACCAAUUCUCUCUCUAUAUAUCUUGUUCCUUAAUCAUUGAUUCCUCUUCAUUUGUUGUUUCAUUUUCAAAAACGCCAUUAUGGGUGCUGUAACUUUUGAGAGGAGAAUUACAACCACGAUCCCCCCAGCCAAGAUUUUCAAGGUUUUAGUCCUGGAAGCUGACAACGCCGUCCCCACGAUUCUGCCUCAGCUCAUUGAAAGCGUGGAGAUUCUGGAAGGAGAUGGAGGGCCUGGAACCAUCAAGAAGACCAACUUUGCAGAAGGCAGCGAAUUCAAGUACAUUAGGACCAUAGUUGAAGCAAUGGACAAAGAUAAUAUGACGCAUUGCUACAGUGUAAUUGGAGGAGAUCAAUGGUUGGAUGUGCUUGAGAAAAUUACGUAUGAGACUAAAGUUGAAGCUUCUCCUGAUGGAGGAUCCAUUAUCAAGACUAGUAGCAAGUACUUUCCCAAAGAAAAUUAUGAAAUCAUUGAAGACCAAGUCCAGGCUGGUGCUGAGAAAGCUUUAGUAUUUUUCAAGGCUGUUGAAGCCUAUCUCUUGGCUAAUCCUGAUGCCUUUAAUUAAAAAUUUUCUGUAAUUAAUUUUGUUCAACUUAUAAUUUUUAUUAUUUCAAAAAAAUUUAGUUAGGUCCUUGAAUCUGAGAAUAUGAGUUAGGUCCUUAUAUCAAAUCAAAGAAACACCAAGUGGAUUACCCAGAAAUCCGAGAAUGAAUCAGACAAUGGCCCUUCAGGAUGAAGAAGGAGCCUAAAUAUCAGGAUUCAGGAUUUGCCAAGAGGUAGGCUUCAAUGGCCCUGAACAUUUCCAGGGACUUCUCUUUGCGGGCAUCAAUUUCCUCCUGCUUCAUCUCAGUGUUUCCAAUAGUGUAGUAUUUGAUGUUGCUCCUGCAAAUGGAUCCUCCAUCACCAUCAGGCCUUCCCUCAAACUUAUACUCAUAACACAGUUUCUCAAAUUUGUUCAUCAAUGCUUCACCUUCAAUCACUGAAUAGGCAUACAUGAAAUUCUCCUUGUCUAUCGCAUCUGUCCUCUCCUUCACAUACUUCCCUGAAAUAAAUCAAAUUAUUAAACCCUCCCAAAAUCCUUAACAAUAGAUGCCAUUGAAUUUGUAAUGUUAAAUUACCGUCGACGUAGUUAAUUUGCUUAAUGGUUCCGGGACCUCCAUCUCCUUCAAUGGUGAUGAAGCUUGCAAUAAGCUGUGGGAAGAUCUUGGGGAGAAAGUCUCCAGCUUCAAGGACAAUGGCACUGAACAACUUGGUUGGAGAGACGAUGCUGAUGAGCUCCAUUUCAUAAGUGACGAAACCCAUAUUGAAUUAGUUAGAAAUUAGGGAGAAGAUGAUUGUCUGCAGCUGCUAUUUGUAUUAUUUAAGAAAUUGUCUCAUUCAAUUUGGAAUCUCAUAUCUGGUAUAAAAGCGAAUCAGCCAAUUGUGA